ACAAAAGAGGAGUACAUAGUAGCUUUUAUGGACACAGCCAGUAUGACUAGAUUUUUUUUGGUAAGAAAAGGAUAAGUCUAUCAUGUUCAUCAAAUCAAGAUAUCUCAGGUGCAUUACCACUUUUUUUUCCAUCGAGCACCGACUUAUCCGAAUUCGACCCGAGUAGCGUCUGCAGAAUCUGGAUAAAUAUAAAAGAGUGCAGGACGUAAUGGAGUGUGAUAAGUAUAAAGAGCUCCCGCAUUGCCUCUUUCAUAGUCUUAACAAAAGAGUGCAGGAAUCUCCCUUAUUCCCCUUCUUCUUCUGCGAUAAAUAUAAUCAAGAAAGUGCCCCAAAUCCUAACCCCUCCAUAAUUCUGUGUAAGGAGCAGAAAGAAAAGAGAUGGAAAAGAUAGAGCACAAAAACAUAGAAGUAAAUGGGAUAAACAUGCACGUAGCAGAAAUAGGCCAAGGCCCAGUAGUUCUCUUCCUUCAUGGCUUUCCUGAAUGCUGGUACACCUGGCGCCAUCAAAUGUCUUUCAUGGCAUCCCACGGCCACAGGGCUGUGGCGCCGGACCUCCGUGGCUUUGGUGGCACAACUGGCGCACCUAUUGAUGACCCCAGCAAGUUCACCACCCUCCAUGUCGUGGGAGAUAUCAUUGAGCUCCUGAAAAUUGUUGCACCAGAUGAAGAUAAGGUGUUCUUGGUGGGGCAUGAUUGGGGUGCAGUCAUGGCUUGGGCUUUGUGUUUGUAUAGACCUGAUAAAGUUAAAGCUUUGUUCAACAUGAGCGUCAGUUUCGGUCCAAGAAAUCCUAAAAGGAAGCCCAUUGAGACCUUGCGUGCUGUUUGUGGUCCUGACUACUACGUUUGUAGGUUCCAGGAACCUGGAGAAAUAGAAGAGGAGUUUGCCAAAGUUGGAACCAAGAGAGUUCUGGAGAACUUUCUUUCUUACCGUGCUCCUGGUCCACUUUUUCUGCCAAAGGGAAUACUUUUCGGAGAUUCACCUGAUGCCCCUACAACUUUGCCCUCUUGGUUAUCUGAAGAAGAUGUUGCUUACUAUGUUAACCAGUAUGCGCAGAGUGGCUUUACUGGAGGUCUGAAUUAUUACAGAGCACUAGACAUAAAUUGGGAACUGACUGCACCAUGGACAGGGGCUCAGGUUAAAGUGCCAGUCAAGUUUGUUGUUGGGGACCUGGAUCUGACCUAUAAUGCACCGGGCACCAAGGAUUAUCUCCACAAGGGAGGGCUUAAAAAAGAUGUACCAUUCUUGGAUGAAGUAGUGGUGAUGAAAGGGGUUGGCCAUUUUUUGCAUGAAGAGAAACCUGAUGAGAUUAACAAAUACAUUCAUCAAUUCAUCCAGAAGUUUUCUUCCCCGAGAUGUUCUCUGCUGUAAAUAUCCUUGUCCUAAAUGUCUGUCUUGUUUGCUAUUUCCCUUAUAGUUUGUGGUUUUUUUUUUCCUGAAAGUGUGUUGUUGUGGAUGUUCAUUUGGGCAUAGUCUUCAAGGUGGCCGGCCUAUGGAAGAAAUUUGAGAUGUGCUGAAAUUAAUAAUUGUAUUAUAUCAUGCCUUUACAUUUUCCCGUUCCCCUCUGAAUAUGCACACUCUCUAGAACGAUUGUGUAAUGGAUGUUCAUUUCUUCACUCUA